GUAUAUAAGCAGUAUAUGAUCUACAACUAUCUUAUAACAUGUAUGUUCUUCAUAAAGGUGUCAAGCACGUGAAUCAGUUUCUCCCCUUCACCAAUCACUGGUUAAUCUUAGUUGCAUCAAUUCCGGUUUCCUUAUCAUGCGGCACCUUAUUUGCUUAUUCCGUAUACGCAACUCAAUUGGUUAAGCAAUGUCACUUAGAUACUUCUCAGUCGGCCAAUUUAAAUAUAAGUGCAACAAUCGGUUCAGCCUUUGGAGCAGUCUUUUCAGGUUUAGUUACGGAUUAUUAUGGUACUCAACUUCCAAUGCUUAUCAGUUCUCUUACGACGGGGUUCGGAUAUUUAUGGUUAUAUAUCCAGUAUAAUUUAGGUGAAGAUAGUAGUUUAUGGCAAUUAUUGGGAUCUAUGUUCUUAAUUGGUAUAGGAUCUGUUGCAGGAUAUUUCAGUUCCAUUAAGGCGGUUACAGUUAAUUUUCCAAAUUUUAAAGGUACUGCUCAAAGUAUUACGAUUGCAUCAUUUGCUAUUUCAAGUUUAAUUUUCCUGGCAAUAGCUACUCAUAUAUUCAAGGGAGAAGCUGGUCCAUUUAUUGGGUUUUUGUCAAUUGCAUGUGGAUUAAUGAUCUUUAUUGGAUUUGUUUUUAUUAGAGUCGAUGGUUAUAUUGACCAUACUCCUGUUAUCAUUGGAGAGAUAGAAGAAAUUGAUGAAACAAGUGAUGAGACCUCGACAAUCGAAUCUUCUGCCACUGAAACCGAUCGACUCCUUGGUAACUCCAAAGAUCAAGAGAUUCGUUUGAAGCAGUCUUCAAUAGAUGAUUUGAAGCAUAAAAGCUUGAGAGAUACCUUCUUACAUCCUGUCUUCUGGUAUCACUAUGUUAUUUUGGCUAUAGUACAAGGUUUGGGACAAAUGUAUAUAUAUUCUGUUGGAUUUGUGCUUAAGGCUCUACAUUAUUAUUUCACAAGAGUGGUACCUCCUGAUGUUAAUUCUUCCAUACCUUCAUUAAUCCAUUUACAAGCUUUACAUGUCUCCAUUAUUGCUGUUGCAUCCUUUCUUGGUAGAUUAACUUCCGGCCCAGCAUCUGAUUUCUUUGUCCAUAAGUUACACAGUCAAAGACAUUGGGUAUUAAUAAUAGGUUUAAGUAUCAUGCUUACUGGUCAUCUUUUGAACUCUAUAUUAAUAGAUAUUGUGGCUCUUGAUUUAAGAACUGUUAAUAUUUACCUUCUGAUUGCUUCCGCAUUAAUUGGAUAUGCCUAUGGAUUUAGUUUUGCAAGUUAUCCUGCAAUUGUAUCUGAUCUCUUCAAUAUGAAAAACUACAGUUUUAUUUGGGGAGCAAUGUAUACAGCUACGACUUUUGGUCUUACCCUUAUGACAAAGAUAUUUGGAUAUGUUUACGAUGGAAACACUACUAAAUGGGAUGAUAAAGCUCAAGAAUAUGUAUGUGCUAAGGGUUCUGCGUGUUAUAACCUUUCAUUCCAAAUUACAGCUGGUCUCUGUAUUUUGGCAAUGGUGCAAAUCCUCGGAUAUAUCUACUAUAGAGCUUAUAAAACUACAUAGAUUAUUAUAUUAUUACAUUAUAGAUUAUACAUCAU